CGAGAUAAAUCCGACCGCCAGAUGGCUGAGUAUCUUUGCCGGCGAGGCAUGAAUGGAUGAUUGCUUCUGGCAUCUCUGAGGGUACUUCUUUCCCGUGAGUGCGCGUGAACUGGCAAUAAUAUCCUCACCCCACCGAUUCUGAAAAGCAUCAAGUUCCCAUUCUGCGUGUGAAUUGGGAUGCUCUGAUCGCACAUAUGCAUGCUCUACCUAUACAUCCGCUGUUUUGUCUUCAUUUUCUCUGCUUACUCGGUCUCUCUUUCUUCUAAACUUGUAAUGGCCUUAGUUUUCUUUUGCCUGUAACUGCCAACACAGUUUCAUUUCGGCUCUUCUAGAUCAAUUGCGCUCUACAAUUACAGUCUUUGUUAAACUUCUGACCCGAUUAGAUCCUGUUCCGGAAAAUUGGAUGGUAUUGGAAUCAAGCCAGAGCCAAUCGUGGGAGGAAUAGGGGAGCUGCAUAUAGAAGUUCGAAACCUGGAAACAAAUGACUGAUAAUUUGGCUCCUGAGAAGCGUCACAGCUUCACCCAUAAAGGUGAUGAUACAAGGCAUGUAAUCCUUCAGGAUAGCGAUAGUGGACAGACUUGGCCUUCUCCUAUCAUGGAUCAAGGUCAGUUGAAUGCUACAGACCUUGCAUCUUCAUCUACCCGUCGCUACUCCUGCCUUGUCGUCGGGAAUUACUGCCAUGAUGUUCUGAUCAAAGAUAACAGCGUGAUCGCAAAAUCCAUCGGGGGCGCCACCUCCUUUAUCUCUUCUGUGCUCGAUGGAUUCAAUGUCGCGUCAUGUUAUGUUUCCAAGGUGGGCCCUGAUUUUGCUUAUCCCGUUACCCACCGGCCUCUGGUUUCAUCUUCUUCGCAAACGACUGUAUUCCAUGCCUAUUUCUCAUCUGAAAUCACGCGCCAGGAUCGGAUUCUCAAGCGGGUUAGGGCAUGCGAACCGAUCUUUCCCUGUGAUCUCCCUAGCUCAAAAUUCGAUUUCGGGUUGGCCGUCGGUGUUGGCGGGGAGAUUUUACCCGAAACCCUCGAGCGGAUGAUCGAUAUCUGUAAGACAGUCCUUGUUGAUAUCCAAGCGCUGAUUCGGAUCUUUGACCCAGCAGACGGAACAGUGAACCACGUUGACCUGAACCAAACUGGGUUCUUUUAUCUACUCCCUAGAAUAGGAUUUCUGAAGGCCUCAUCAGAUGAGGCACCGUUCUUGGAUGUGGAGGAGGUGAGGAAACGGUGUUGUGUGGUGCUGACCAAUGGCAAUGAGGGCUGCAUGGUGUUCACUAAGGAUUCAGAGCUAAAGAUUGCACCAUUUCCUACAAUUCAAGUUGAUCCAACUGGAGCUGGGGAUAGCUUUCUGGGUGGAUUAGUAACCGGACUUACUCAUGGGUUAACCAUGCCCGAUUCUGCAUUAUUGGGGAACUUGUUCGGGUCGCUGACUGUCGGGCAAAUGGGACAUUCUAAAUUUGACCCUCGGCUGGUACAGAGAGUGAAAGAAGAGGUGGAUAAGAGGAGAGAUGAUCAUUGUGAUGGGCUGCAGUUUUUUAGAGCUCUUGAUGCUGCAAGAUCAUCAUCAUCUCUUGCUGGAAGCUUUCUCCAGAAAAGUAAGAGGGAAUUGCCAAACAACACUAGUGGAGCAAAGUGCAACGAUCAAUCUUUGCUUCCUUCCAUCUGUGAAAAAGAAGAACCUCAUUCAAUCAGUUGAAAAACAAAACAAUAUAUAUUUUCCCUCCACGCCCCCUGUCUGAAAUUAGUUGGUUUAUAAAUAAAGCUUAUGGAGAUCAGAAUAUAUUUUUAUCAAAUUCUAUAUCAUGGUUUCCUAAUUAUUAUAGUUUAAUUAUGAUGCGAAGUAUAACAUAUUUAUCGAUGGCAAAUAUUCGUAGUUUGCUCAAUAAUUCUUUACACGGCAUAAGAAUAACUGAAUAACACUGAAGUAUCAGUAAUGGUUUGUAAAAGUUUUUGUACCUCUAGCAUAACUCUUGUCUCAAUGUGAUCUAGAUCGAGAAAGUUGUCAAAUAAGUUCAUAUCUAUCUAUAUAUUACUAAAAACGCAAUAGUGCAGCAACCUUUGGGCGG